CCAAGCGCAAGGUGUUGCAUUUGCCAAGUGCUCGGGAACAGGAGCUCAGUGGACAAGGAAAUCAUUACAAUAAAUUGCAAACAGUUGACGCCUGCCAUGCACUUGAUAAUACUGCAAGCCGUUUUUCUUGUGAUCUGCUGGUCUCAAGUGGUCAACAGUCAUGUUUUUGGCUACUCGGAGCCCAACCAGAGGCGUUGGGCGCGUCAUCAUGGACACUGUGCCGGCAAGACACAGUCACCCAUUGCCAUCACCUCCAGUCAUACAAUACCCGUGCAUAUGCCGGCUGUGGACAUGAUUGGGUACCACAAUCUGCUGCCCUAUCCGCUGAAAAUGAUUAACAAUGGUCACACUGUCUCCAUUGGCAUACCCAAGCUGAAUGAGAGUGAGGACCAGUAUGAAUUCCUGCCCUACGUACGGGGCGCCAAGCUGCCCGGUGAGUUCGAGGUGGAGGGCCUGCAUUUCCAUUGGGGUGAUAAGAACAAUCGUGGCUCGGAGCAUGUCAUCAACGAUAUACGCUACACCAUGGAAAUGCAUAUUGUGCAUCGCAACAAGAAAUACGCGACGCUGGGCGAGGCCCUCAAUCAUCCGGAUGGUGCGGCGGUGCUGGGUUUCUUUUUCAACCUGGAUGAGGACGAGGGCCAGGGCUUGGUAACCAUCAAUCGUCACCUGCAUCUGAUCGCCGAUGCCAAUCAGGAGGCAUCGCUUAAUGUCACCUUCUCGCUAUCCUCGCUAAUAUCCAAUGUCGACGUGGACAAGUUCUACACAUACAAAGGUUCGCUAACCACGCCGCCCUGCUCCGAGGCUGUAACCUGGAUACUGUUUCCCGAUCCCAUACCCAUUUCGCCCAAGCAGAUCUCACGCUUCCGCCAGCUGUCGGAUACCCAAGAUGGCGCCUUGGUGGACAACUUUCGCACCCUGCAGCCGGUGGGCAAUCGUCGCAUAUUCGCGCGCACUGGACACGUGCGGCAUACAUCGAUUGCGGCUCUGAAGCACGAGGGCGAUUAUCUCAAAUAUGAUUGGUUCUAUUGAGCAGCUAACAGGAUGCGGCCCCAGACCGUAGUGCUCUGUGCCAUGAACAUAUAUAUGUAUAUGUAUAUAGAUUAAUUUAAACUAAGUUUUUGCAUUUAAUAUUUAACUGUAAGCUAACAACU